AACUCGAAUGUGUCUGAAUACAUCUCACUUUUGUCAGUUACAAUCUCUCCCCAAAUCUCUCUCUCUCUCUCUCUCUCUCUCUCUCUCUCUCUCUCGCACAUAAAUAUAUGUUGGUCUCGACUUUCAGUUGAACAUGGAAUCAUUCAUUGAAGCUCUUGCUCUGAAAUUCUGAGCUCUGAGUCGAUGGCUAUUGGAAUUUCAACAUCCACUUCGUCCACCACCACCACCAGAGCUUUCCUUUCUGGUCGAAGACCUUUCCUCUCUCUAAAAGCCAAUCAAACGCGAAUAGUCCCUCUCUCUCUCGCGAUUCACCUGCGAAAACAUGCUCACUCCGCGGGAAACAAGAACCCGAGACUCUGCAUGGUGAUGAACAGAGAAACAGAGCAAGUGCCUGCAGAGAACGAGAGCCGCACGGUUGUCCCGAGUGUCGCCGAGAAGCUAGCCAGAAAACGGCUCGAAAGGCACACGUACCUCGUCGCGGCGAUCAUGUCGAGCCUCGGGAUAAGCUCGAUGGCUGCCACGUCCGUUUAUUACCGGUUCUCAUGGCAAAUGGAGGGUGGAGAGUUUCCAAUUGUGGAAAUGUUUGGGACUUUCGCUCUCUCUGUGGGGGCCGCAGUGGGUAUGGAGUUUUGGGCAAGAUGGGCACAUAGAGAGCUAUGGCAUGCCUCUCUGUGGCACAUGCACGAGUCUCACCAUCAACCAAGAGAAGGUCCAUUUGAGCUCAAUGAUGUUUUUGUGAUCAUCAAUGCAAUUCCCGCGAUAGCUCUGCUUUCUUACGGAUUCUUGAACAGGGGUUUGCUUCCGGGACUCUGUUUUGGUGCUGGUCUAGGGACUACAAUGUUCGGGAUGGCCUACAUGUUUGUGCACGAUGGAUUAGUGCAUCGGCGGUUCCCGGUAGGGCCAAUCGCAAACGUGCCCUACUUGAGAAAAGUUGCUGCAGCUCACCAAAUUCAUCACUCGGAUAAGUUCGACGGGGUGCCGUAUGGACUGUUCUUGGGACCGAAGGAAGUAGAAGAGGUAGGAGGCAAGGAAGAGUUGGACAAGGAGAUCAAGAAGAGGAUCAAGAUGUCCAAAGCUUCAAAUAGCUCAUAGGAUCUAUCAAUUGUAAUUGUUUCCAAUCAAAAAGAAAGUAAAGAGGAAAAAGAAAAGCAUCAAAAGAAUUUAUGCUUAUUUUAUAUUUCGGGGA